UUUGGUGAAACGGAGCCUCUGUACAGUGUACUCUUUCUCUCUCUCUCUCUCUUUUCUUUCUUUCUGCUAAACAUAUCGGCUCAGAUUAUAUAUAUACCUCGAUCUACUAGAUCUAAACACUAAGCUCUGUUGAAAUAUUAAGUUGUUUGGGGGAUUUUAAACAUUGGAAGAUAGUAAAGAGAGCCCGAGGAAGAGGAGGAGGAGUGUGGACGUGGUCCGGAUUGAGCUCGGAUGAUGAAUGGUUGUAAAUAAAGGAGGCAGCGCUGAAAAACAUCCUGUAUAAUAUCACGGAUUUUAAACUAUUAAACAUCUUCGAGGAAAAGCCAUCCGGUGCUGUUUUAACUCGAGGGUUAAUACCCCCAGAAGAUCUCCAUGGUCUUUGCUCCGGCUUGAUACGAAGACCUCGAGAAGAACACGCACGAAACCAGAGCGCUAAUUAAAAAAAGCCGAGCAGUGAAAUAUCGCGAGAUUUCGUUAAGAAACCAACUUUUAACGACCUCAUCGUUAUCAUGUCGGUUCUGUCGGUCGCGGAACUGAGUCGAGGCGGCCUGAACGGCGUGAUGACGGAGUUCCAGGAGAAGCUCAGGCAGCAGCAUGAAAACUCCAUGCACACGGAGCUGGAGAAGCUUCUCUCCUCUGCCAAGGGUGCCGAAGCUGAGAUCUCCAGGAAAGAUUUCGAGGGGUUUAAGCAGCUGUUCCACAGGUUCCUCCAAGUGAAGGGUCCCUCUGUGGAAUGGCCCAAGAUCAACAGACCUCCUGAGGACUCGAUCCAGCCGUAUGAGAGGAUCCGGGCGAAGCAGUUACCUGAGGGCGUGGCUGCCAGUCUGAACAAACUGGCGGUGGUGAAGCUGAAUGGAGGUCUGGGCACCAGCAUGGGCUGUAAAGGCCCGAAGAGUCUGAUCAGCGUCCGCAGUGAGAACACCUUCCUGGACCUGACCGUGAAGCAGAUAGAGCAUCUGAAUAAAACCUACAACGCUGACGUCCCUCUGGUCCUGAUGAACAGCUUUAACACUGAUGAAGACACCAAGAAGAUCCUGCAGAAAUACACUCACCACCGUGUCAAAAUACACACCUUCAACCAAAGCAGAUAUCCCCGGAUCAAUAAGGAGUCUUUGUUGCCAGUGGCGACAAACAUGGGUCUGACGGGGGAGAACUCGGAGGCGUGGUACCCUCCGGGCCACGGGGACAUCUACGCCAGCUUCUAUAACUCUGGCCUGUUGGAUCAGCUCAUCUCUGAGGGCAAGGAGUAUAUCUUUGUGUCCAAUAUCGAUAACCUGGGUGCGACUGUCGACCUGCACAUCCUCAGUCACCUGAUGAGCCAACCAGCCGACAGGCGCUGCGAGUUCGUCAUGGAGGUCACCGACAAGACCCGUGCUGAUGUCAAGGGUGGGACUCUGAUUCAGUACGACAAUAAGCUCAGGCUGCUGGAGAUCGCUCAGGUUCCCAAAGCACACGUGGACGAGUUCAAAUCCGUCACCAAGUUCAAGAUCUUCAACACCAACAACCUGUGGAUCAGCCUGCCUGCUAUUAAGAGGCUGCAUGAGCAGAACGCCAUGGACCUGGAGAUCAUUGUUAACCCCAAGACUCUGGAUGGUGGUCUGAACGUGAUCCAGCUGGAAACAGCCGUCGGUGCUGCCAUCAAAAGCUUCGACAACGCUCUGGGCAUCAACGUCCCACGCAGCCGCUUCCUGCCGGUCAAGACCACCUCCGACCUCUUGCUGGUCAUGUCCAACCUGUACACCAUGGACGCGGGCUCUCUCACCAUGAGCGAGAAGAGAGAGUUCCCGACCACGCCGCAUGUCAAACUAGGCAGCUCCUUCACCAAGGUGCAGGACUUCCUGCGGAGGUUUGAGAGCAUCCCAGACAUGCUGGAGCUGGAUCACCUCACCGUGUCGGGAGACGUUACUUUCGGAAAGCAGGUCACUCUGAAGGGCACAGUGAUCAUCAUCGCUAAUCACGGAGACCGGAUCGACAUUCCAGCCGGAGCGAUGCUGGAAAACAAGAUCGUCUCCGGGAACUUGCGCAUCCUGGACCACUGAGACCACACACACACACGCAAACCAAAAUACACAGAUCUGCCUGUCCUUUAUUUAAUCUCUGAUCAACCUCAAGCCUGUUUAGUGUGUGUGUGUGCGUGUCUUGAAGAAUUUUAAAGCACUUAAGGCAUUAAAUGGCCCUUGUACUCAUUUAGAAUGUAAACUGUGAAGCUCUGCUGUUUUGAGGUGGAUUACAGAGUGCUGAUAGACUGAACACACACACACACACACACACACACUGAAGCUCCAAAUGUUGAUUGCUUUAGUUACUGAUCCAGGAUCUGAUGCACCUUCAUGGUGUUGGGAAUGUUGACUCCAGUCUAGUUAUUAUGCAAACUAAUGUGAAUGUAAACUGUUACAUGGACGUCCUACAUUUCAGACAUUAAAGUGCAAUAUGCAAUUAUAGCA